CACUUAUAUUGCAGAUCAUUUCUUUCCACUUUGGUUAGUUAAGUCAUUGAUUCAAAGUCUUAACAGUUGUCUCCAUUCCAGAAUAGCUUGCCAUAUCUAGCAUGCACAGGAUUGCAUUAUUCAUGGGAGUGAGUGGUAGUUAAUGGAUCUCCGGGAAGAGAGCUCCAGAUCGUUACCAAGUACGACUGCAAGGACUUUGUCGUCUUCAUCUUCAGCAUUCUUUUCGGCAAAUCAGUCACCCUUCUUCUCUCCAAGAUCACCAACGUGUCAAUUGUCUGCACGUCCCGACAAUCCAUGCAAUGGUGCUAAAACAAAUAUUGAUCCACCGCAUUUCUGUUUGGGGAUUCCAGACCCCGAAUCCCUGAGAAAUGUCAAAUUGAGCUUGGCCAAUGCUUAUCAAGCUGCAGCAACUGGUACUUCAGGUGAUUUUCGGAAGUUUGAUCAUGUUUCUUCUUCAACAGGCCUUUCCAAUAGCACUCUAUCGAGUUACGGUAUUGGCCAAGGCGAUGAAUAUUUUAUGCAAAGAGGAAAACAGAAGAAGAUUGGGAGAAGCCAUGAAACUUCAAUUACUCCUUCUUCAACUUCGUUUUCUUCCAAUAGACUGAGGAGUUGCGAUGUGUACAUAGGUUUUCAUGGUCGCAAACCUUUAUUGCUAAGAUUUACUAAUUGGCUCCGAGCUGAGUUAGAAGUUCAAGGGUUGAGUUGCUUUGUAACAGACCGAUCUCGGUGUCGGAAUUCUCGGAAGCAUGGCAUUGUUGAGAGGGCAAUGGAUGCUUGUACUUUUGGUGUUGUAAUCUUAACCAGAAAGUCUUUCAGGAAUCCAUAUACCAUUGAAGAGCUGCGGUUCUUUUCAGGCAAGAAGAAUUUAGUUCCAAUAUACUUUGAUUUGGGACCAGAUGAUUGUCUUGUCAGGGACAUAGUUGAGAAAAGGGGGGAGUUAUGGGAAAAACAUGGAGGAGAACUUUGGCUUCUUUAUGGAGGGCUGGAGAAGGAAUGGAGAGACGCUGUGAGUGCCCUAACCCGUGUUGAUGAGUGGAAGCUGGAGGCUCAUGAUGGUAAGUGGAGAGAAUGCAUACUAAGGGCUGUCACCCUCUUGGCAUUGAGGUUGGGGAGGAGAAGUGUCGUGGACAGACUAGCCAAAUGGAAGGAGAAGGUGGAGAAAGUGGAGUUCCCUUUUCCUCGAAAUGAGAAUUUUGUAGGUAGAAAGAAGGAACUAUCUGAGCUGGAAUUUAGGCUUAAUGGUGAGGUUAGUGGAGAUUCAGAAAGAGAUUUUUUUGAACUGAAGGCAAGACCCAGGAGAAAGAAUUUAACAAUUGGUUGGGGUAGGAGUAGUUCAAUGGAUGAAAAACGAAGGGAACAACCAACUGAGAGUAGCAGGAGGAAGGGAAAAGAACCCGUUGUAUGGAAGGAGUCUGUAAAGGAGAUUGAGAUGCAAAGCACUGAACUUCCUCAGACGCAUCACCAAACACCAAAGUUAAAGAGUGGCGGAAAGCAUGUUAGGAGAAAGAGAUCCAUGAAAGUUGUAUAUGGCAAGGGGAUUGCCUGCGUGUCAGGAGAUUCAGGAAUUGGCAAGACAGAGUUGCUUCUUGAGUUUGCGUACAGGUUCCAUCAGAGGUAUAAGAUGGUCUUAUGGAUCGGAGGGGAAAGCAGAUACAUCCGCCAAAAUUAUUUGAACUUGUGGUCAUUCUUAGAAGUUGAUGUGGGUGUUGAGAAUUGCCCAGAAAAAAGCAGGAUAAAGAGCUUUGAAGAGCAGGAAGAGGCAGCCAUAGCUAGAGUCCGGAAGGAGCUUAUGCGGAACAUUCCUUUUCUGGUGGUGAUUGAUAAUUUAGAGAGUGAAAAGGACUGGUGGGAUCACAAACUUGUAAUGGAUCUUCUUCCCCGUUUUGGUGGAGAAACCCAUGUUAUAAUAGCCACACACCUCUCUCGCAUAAUGAAUUUGGAGCCUUUGAGGCUUUCUUACCUAUCGGGGGUUGAGGCAUUGUCUUUAAUGCAGGGAAGUGUUAAGGACUACCCGAUUGUGGAAACUGAUGCUCUUCGUGUUAUUGAGGAGAAACUUGGAAGGCAAACCCUAGGCCUUGCUAUUGUAGGAGCUAUUCUGUCUGAGCUUCCCAUAAAUCCAAGUAGGCUGUUAGAUACCAUCAACCGAAUGCCUUCAAGGGACAUAACAUGGAGUGGUAGGGAAAAUCAUUCAUUGAGAAGAAAUAACUUCCUUUUGCAACUCUUUGAGGUUUGUUUCUCCAUAUUUGACCAUGCGGAUGGGCCAAGGAGUUUAGCGACUAGGAUGGUUCUGGCAAGUGGUUGGUUUGCACCAGCAGCCAUUCCAGUUUCUCUGUUAGCUCAGGCUGCUCACAAGAUACCUGAGAAACACCGCCAUACUCGCUUAUGGAGAAAGAUUUUGUGUUCAUUGACUUGUGGCUUUACAUCAUCAUACACUAAGAAAUCAGAAGCAGAAGCAUCUUCCUUGCUGUUAAGAUUUAAUAUCGCGAGAAGUAGUACAAAGGAAGGUUAUAUUCACUUCAACCCGCUCAUCAGGAGUUAUGCCCGUAAGGGAAAAGUAAUGGGGGUUGCACAAGCAAUGGUGCAAACUGUCAUUAGUCGUGGGUCUAUUUCCCAGCACUCUGAACACAUAUGGGAGGCAUGUUUCUUGCUCUUCGGAUUUGGGAAUGACCCUAUAGUUGUUCAGCUGAAGGUGUCAGAUUUGUUGUUUCUUGUGAAAGAAGUAAUUUUACCGCUUGCCAUUCGAACAUUUAUUACAUUCUCACGUUGCAGUGCUGCUCUAGAAAUGCUUCGCUUAUGUACAAAUGCAUUAGAAGCAGCGGAUCAAGCCUUUGUUGCCCCUGUUGAAAAGUGGUUGGAUAAAUCAGUUUGUUGGAAACCCAUCCAGACAAAUGCCCAGUUGAAUCCUUGCCUUUGGCAGGAGCUAGCCCUAUCAAGAGCCAAUGUGCUAGAAAUCAGAGCUAAGCUAAUGGUAAGAGGGGCCCAGUUUGAUAUAGCAGAUGAUCUAAUUAGAAAGGCUAUUUUCAUUAGAACUUCCAUCUGUGGUGAGGAUCAUCCAGACACCAUAGCUGCUCGAGAAACCCUCAGCAAAUUCACAAGGCUGCUUGCCAAUGUUCAGGUUCAUACUUCACCAUAG